CUCUCUGUGUCAGCAGAGCCACAAGAGGGCUCGUCAGGCAGGGCGUCUUGGUGUGUCUGGCUGUCCACGGUCAGGUGCAGCUUCCCUCUAUCCACAGAUUACAGAAGAAGAGGGUUGGUUUAGGCGAACCUGUUUCGUGUCUCAGUCUCACUCCUCCGUUGUCACCCUUUUUUUUGCACUGUCGAAGAGGCGAAGCUUCCCGGUGGCUGUGGUGUCUCCUACCCUGUCUUGUCCCUGUCUCUCUCUGUCCCAUGGUGUGACCAGCCCCGAGGUAUCGAUUUGAACAGGUGGGAGUAGGAUUCUACUGGAGCUCAGCUCUACAGCAUGGGCUCUGACGAGGCGUACAACUUUGUUUUCAAAGUGGUUUUAAUAGGUGAAUCCGGUGUGGGGAAAAGCAACCUGCUGUCCCGUUUCACCAAGAAUGAGUUCAACCACGACAGCCGCACCACCAUCGGUGUGGAGUUUAGCACGCGCACCGUCCAGCUGGAUACCUUCACCAUCAAGGCUCAGAUCUGGGACACGGCCGGGCUGGAACGCUACAGGGCCAUUACCUCUGCGUAUUACAGGGGGGCAGUAGGAGCUCUGCUGGUCUACGACAUCACCAAGCAUCUGACCUAUGAGAGCGUGGAGCGCUGGCUGAAGGAGCUGUACGACCACGCGGACCCCCACAUUGUGGUCAUGCUGGUGGGCAACAAGACAGACCUGGAGACCCAGAGGACCGUGCCUACGGAGGAGGCUAAGGACUUUGCAGAGAAGAAGAAUGUGUUAUUCAUGGAAACCUCCGCUCUGGACUCCAGCAAUGUUGAGACAGCCUUCCAUGACGUGCUCUCAGCCAUCCACAAGAAGGUGGCCAGUCGCGAGGUGACCCGGGGGUCCAUCAGCGCCGUGACCCUGUCCAGCCCGACGGGCCCGGCCAGCGAGGCCCAGGCGGAGCGUAAGACCUGCUGUAAGAACCUCUGACCCAUCCACAACCUUUUCAGAAGAAUAAUGUUCAAAACGUUUCUUUUUUAAAUAAAUAUAUAUAUGUAUUAAGACUUUACUCCACACUGCUAAUUCUGUAAAGGUGGAGAAUGAGUGUCCUGAAAAUGCAUCCACUCGAGUGUGAAUGUUUUUGUCAAUAAAGCUGGCCUAUUUUA